AUGGUCGAGGCCGUUGCAAAACACAGCGCCAGUAAUGCGAGCGCCAGUGACAUUGAGGCGCUGUUUUCGGAAGCCAUCGAGGCUCUCGAUGACGGCUUUGCCAUCUAUGACAGCGAAUUCCGUGUGCUCUACGCCAAUGCACAAGCGCGAACAGACUUUAAGGACUGGUACGACGUUAUUGAAGCUGGCGGCACAUUUAAGGAUGCAAUGCUGGCCUCCCUGGUGAGCCUCACAAAAUACUCCGAAGAUGACGGUCUGGAUGAGCUUGCAGAAGUUGCGGUAAAAAUGCUGCUGGACGGCGAGCCCCUGAAGACAGCCAUGCCUGACGGCCGCACACUCCUGAUUACCCACAGACCUAUGACGGGUGAUCGCUGGGUCGGCACAUCUAUCGACAUGACCGACGAGCUGGUGCGACAGCAAGAGCUUAAAGACAUGAAGAAAGAGGCAGAGGCCGCGUCGCGGGCCAAGUCGCAGUUUCUUGCAAAUAUGAGCCAUGAGAUCCGCACACCGCUUAAUGCUGUGUUGGGAUUUGCGAGCCUCAUUAAAGAUACGGACCUUGAUGAGCGCCAGUCAGACUAUGUUGAGACCAUUGCCGAGAGCGGUGAAUCUCUUCUUUCAAUCCUGAACGACGUCCUGGACGUCUCAAAGAUUGAAGCCGGUGCGCUCGAUCUGGACGAAACCGAAGUUAAUAUUGAACGGCUCAUUCGUAGCGUCAUGGCUUUGAUGUCCGUGCGCGCUCAGUCGAAAGAUCUUGAAAUUGCGUCCUAUGUGGACCCGAACAUUCCCGUCUCUCUGAUCGGAGACCAGGGGCGCAUCCGCCAGAUCCUCGUCAACCUUAUUGGCAAUGCGAUCAAAUUUACAGAAGAAGGUGGCAUCUCCCUUGAGGUGCGCCUGGAAGACCGCCUUCCAGGUGACAAGGUCGCUGUUCUUUUCAGUGUCAGCGACACGGGCAUGGGAAUUUCCCCUGAACAACAGGCCCAACUUUUUGAGCGCUUCACGCAAGCCGAUGUUUCCACCACGCGCGAGUUUGGCGGCACCGGUCUUGGCCUUUCCAUCUGCCACGACCUUGUGGAGCUCAUGGAAGGGACACUUGAGGUUCAGAGCGAGAUUGGUGAAGGCAGUACGUUUAAGGCGCGUAUCGUCCUGGAAGCAGAUGAUGGUGAUGAGCGCUAUCUCGACUCCGACGAUGCCCAGACGUUGCGCGGGCGUCGCCUCCUUGUUGUCGAUGACAAUCAAGUCAAUCUGCGCGUUAUCGGUCUUAUGCUGGCAGCCUAUGGGUGCCGCGUGGAAACGAUCGACGAUCCCCUCGGUGCCCGCGAUCUUAUUCUUGCAGCCCAGGAAAAGGGCAAACCCUUUGAGACGGUCAUUAUCGAUCAUAUGAUGCCCGGCAUGGACGGCGUUCAGCUCGCCGCUCAGCUUCAGGAUGAUGCCGAGGUUAAGCCUGUGAAACUCAUCCUCUCGUCUUCCGGCAUUGCCACGGCAAGCCAGGCAGAGGACUGGGGCUUUGAUGCAAUUGCGCCCAAGCCCAUAAGUCAGCGACGCCUGAUUAACACACUCAACCGGUUCUUCGAAAACCUGCCGACAAAAGCAAAGGCCUCCAAGAAGGUCCAGAAAAAGGCGCCCGCGCCCAAGAGACCAUCCGGUGACGGCGCAGGCUGUCGCAUUCUCCUUGCAGAUGACAAUCCCACCAACCUGAAAUUCAUCCAGAGCGCCCUGGAGAAACACCCGGUGACUGUGGAUACGGUGGGCGAUGGCCGCGAGGCUGUAAGCGCCGCGCGUUCGCUUCCUUAUGAUUUGGUACUCAUGGACGUGCAGAUGGUUCAUAUGGAUGGCAUCGAAGCCACAAAACGCAUUCGCAAGCUCGGUGGCGAGAUUGCCAGCGUACCCAUUAUCGCCAUCACCGCGAGUGCCAUGGCGGGUGACCGCGAACGCUGUAUUGAUGCCGGCAUGAACGACUAUCUCGCAAAACCGGUCGCCAUUGAUCAGUUGCUCGACAAGAUCCGCUACUGGACCGAAGAAGCUGUUCGCGAGGCCUAG